UAGGUAAUUUGUUUGAUGUGUUAGAUAACAAACAAAAAGUAGCUACCCUCUCAUAUCCCAUUUGCUUACGUCCAAAAAUAUCAACUUAAUUAAACCAAAAUGAUCUUGUACCUAUUAAUUUUUUCUUCUUCUUUUUUCUUCCUAAUUUAAAAAUCAUUUUGCCUCUACCGUCCACUUAACUCUCACUAACUUCUAUAUAUAGUUUCAUUCACUUGCAAUUUACUCACAAAAUCUUUUCUUUCUUGGUUUCUUCUCUCAUCUUCCACCAUUGAGAAAACUCACUUAGUACUAAAUCUUUUAAUUAAUUAAGCAAAACCUUUGGGUCAUUAUGUCAAUGGCUUGCUUGGAACUCUCCAAAGAGGUGAAGCUGAAAGAGGAAGAUGUAGAGUGCACCAAGGAUGGAAGUGUUGAUUUGAAAGGAAAUGCAGCAAUUAGAGAAACAAGUGGGAAAUGGGUGGCUGGAUUUAUGAUACUGUUGAAUCAAGCUUUAGCAACUCUGGCAUUUUUUGGAGUUGGAGUGAAUAUGGUGUUGUUCCUCACAAGGGUGCUGAAAGAAAACAAUGCUGAUGCUGCUAAUAGUGUGAGCAAAUGGACUGGCACAGUCUAUAUUUGCUCCCUUGUUGGUGCUUUCCUUAGUGACUCUUAUUGGGGAAGAUUCAAAACUUGUGCCAUUUUCCAAGUCAUCUAUGUAACUGGAUUGUCAUUACUAGCACUAGCAUCACAACUUUACUUGCUCAAACCUAAAGGUUGUGGGAAUCGAACAACUCUAUGUGGAGAACAUUCAACCAUGGAGGUUGGUCUAUUCUAUGUCUCAGUGUACAUGAUUGCCCUAGGAUAUGGUGGUUAUCAGCCAAAUAUUGCUACCUUUGGGGCUGAUCAGUUCGACGAGCAGCAUCCGGGGGAAUGUUCAUCUAAAGUAGCCUUCUUCAGCUACUUCUAUCUGUUCAUGAACCUUGGAUCACUCUUCUCUAACACCAUUCUAGACUACUUUGAAGAUGAGGGAAUGUGGGCUCUUGGAUUUUGGGCGUCUGCAGCGUCUGCAUUUGCAGCAUUGAUUCUCUUUCUUGGAGGCACUGCUAGGUACAGACACUUCAAGUCUAGUGGAAAUCCUCUUUCCAGGUUUGGUCAAGUUUUAGUUGCAGCAACAAAGAAAGGUAAAGUGGAGGCGCCGGAAAAUGAAGACGACUUCUACCAAGGGGAAGACGACGAUGACACAACUGGUGGUAGAAAAAUGCUACACACCCAUGGUUUCAAAUUCUUGGACAGAGCAGCUGUGGUGACAUCAAAGGAACUUGAGAGCCAGAAGCAGGGUGAUCACAACCCGUGGCGUCUCUGCCCUAUAUCACAAGUUGAGGAAGUUAAAUGCAUUUUGAGGUUGCUGCCAAUUUGGCUAUGUACCAUUAUCUACUCUGUAGUUUUCACGCAAAUGGCCUCGCUCUUUGUCGAGCAAGGUGAUGCCAUGAAAACUACAAUAGCAAACUUUAGGAUUCCAGCAGCAAGCAUGUCUACCUUUGACAUCCUUAGUGUAGCAGGUGUCAUAUUUCUUAAUCGCAGAGUUCUUAAUCCGCUAGUCAAAAGGUUCAAGAAGUGCAAGGAUGAUGAUGCCGGGCUAACUGAACUACAGCGGAUGGGUAUUGGACUAGUCAUAGCAGUGAUGGCUAUGCUUUCAUCAGGAAUUGUGGAGUGCUACAGGCUUAAGUAUGCUAGUAAUGACUGCAAACACUGUGAAGGUUCAAGCUCUCUUAACAUCUUCUGGCAAGUCCCACAAUAUGCUUUCAUAGGAGCUUCAGAAGUAUUCAUGUAUGUAGCUCAACUAGAAUUCUUCAAUGCGCAAGCACCUGAUGGACUUAAAAGCUUUGGAAGUGCACUAUGCAUGACAUCAAUAUCAUUAGGGAACUACGUGAGUAGCUUUCUCGUGAGCAUAGUGAUGAAAAUAUCAGCAACUGAUAACAUGCCUGGAUGGAUACCGGGAAACCUUAACAAAGGUCAUUUAGACAGAUUCUAUUUUCUAUUAGCUGGUUUGACACUUCUAGAUUUGGUUGCAUACAUUGCAUGUGCUAAGUGGUACAAAAAUAUCAAGCAUAGUGAAAAGAUUCAGGAACACGAGGAAGAGGACACGUGUGAAGUCUAACAUACCUGAUAUGGACCAUACCUUAGGCAUGUUUUGCCAAAACCAUAUGAAUAAGAGGAAGACGCGCAGUCACCACCACAACAACGUUUUGUGUAGAGUUUAUGAUUGGUAAUUGGAUUUCCUCCCACUCCAGUGAUCCAACUCAAUCAAUUCAAAAUGCCCAGCUCUGCGGAAUUCUCCAGGGGCUGGACUACUCUUAAUUUUCUAGGUCCAUCGUUUCUCAUUGUUGCUGCAUUUGUUGGUUGUCAUAUUAGUUCUAAAAAUUGACAAGCAUUUUGGAUUGAUAUGUAAAUUGGAUUGGUUUAUCCUGUAUCCAGGAAACUUUUGAAAAGUACUGCUGUACUCAUAAAUAUUCCAUGUAUUAAAAGAUCUCAUUAAUUGCAUAAGCAA